AUGCCUAGGCUUGAUUCCAUUUCCAAUUUUGAGGAAUCACGUCAACCCGAACGCGGGUCUUCUUCAAGCGGCCCCUCUCUUGACUUGCCGCAUUCUUCUUUACACGAAUCUAGCCCUGAUGUGGCUGCAGUAGCCCCAGCUUCUCGCCCUUUGGGGCUUGCUCUUUUGCCUGUAGAGCCUAAUUUUUCCUUGGCUAUGUCACCAGCCGGUGCUCGAGCGUCCAAUUCACGCGUACCUUAUCCUUCUUCGCCUCUCGAUGCCUCUAUUCGGCCGGAUGACAUUUAA